UCUUCUUUUUGUUGUUCUCUACAGUUGAUCGCACCAAGGCGGUUUCUCCCGUUUUCAUGCUUGAUUGUGUUCAUAUAGUUUGUACACAAAUGCUUUUUCGUGUAUGCCAUGUUUAGUAUAGUUUUAACUUCUGACCAAGAUAAAUAUGGGAGGUUUCGCAAAUUUUUUCCAUACUUGCCUUGAGUAUUUUACCGGCGGCUCUAGUAGUUCUGCCCAACCUAACAAGAAACGAAGGGGAGAGGAACUUCCCAACCAAGGUAGCAAAGUAAGACGUAUUGAAAAUGUCACUUUGAUUGAUGAUGAUAAUCGCAGACAUGUGACUGAGUUCCAUGCCCGAACCAAUCGAAUUGAAAAAGAUUUUAUGCCUGUUAAUCAAGUUAAAAAAAUUGGCUCAGUUCGUAUUUUGAAGUGGGGCCUAAAUGGUAAAGAGAACCAUGUGCAGUACUUGUCGCAUCACAAUCCCUUGAGCAAUUCUGGUACAGCACACUACACGGAAGAAGUUCAGGUCCUUGAAGAAAACAUCAAAGGCAACACUUUCUUCAGAAAAGACAGGAAUAGUUUGAACAUGGGAAGUACAUCGAAUUACAAAAAUGCCGCCAGAAGUUCUGAUGAUGAAAUUGAAGAGAUAUUCCCACCAUCUCGGAAGACAUUCAAGAAGAAAACUGCUGAAGUGGUUGAGACUUAUAGAUCACCUCAACUCAAGAAAAGUCCUGAUGUAAUUGAAGUCUAUCAACCCUUACAGUCCAAGAAAAAGGUUAAUGACAAUGAAGUCCAAAUUUUGAAAGAACGCUCAUCUUCAUCUAAAGAGGGACAUGGCCUCCCUACAUCAUUUCCAAGAAAACCAUUUAAGGCUAUUGAUCCAUGUGUGCCAGCUUCAUCAACGCCCAUUCUAUUCACAAGUCGGAGGGCACUGGUUCGCUCUCCUGACCAACGAGAUAUUGUGCAGUCACCAAGCAUGUCAAAUGGCAUUGAAUCAUGUCAGUACAGGACUCAAAGUUCAUUAUUGUCUGUUGAUUCUAAUUCAAGUCGGAAAAAUAACACACUUCUUCAUAUGAAACGUGCUGAAGAAAAUCAAAUUUACAACAAAGUUUUUAAGUCUUCCUAUGGUGCUGAUCGGUUACUUCCUCAACAUCAGCAACCUUUGCCCCCCACUAGUCACAAAAGUGCUGACAAAAGUUUUGAUGGCUCUCGUCGCUGGUCUGGUCUCUUUUCCAGACCAGCCAAAAUGCCCGGGGCCUUAGACACAUCUUUAUCAUCUAAAGACGCUCUCCCUUCUGAGCGCAUCAAUGUAUCUGUUGAACGCACUAACAUUAAAGAACCUUCUACAUCAGCAUCUCGUCAGAGUGAUGAUACAGACUUGCAGUACCUGGGUGAAGUUCAUACAUCAGUUCAUACAGUGUCUCCAUCAUAUGCACCAGAUGUUAUGGAAGAAUUACUUCAAAAAUAUGAAAAACUGCAAAAUGAAAGAAUGGCUCAGGCUAAACAAGAGGAGAAGUCCAUUAAACUUCUUGAAGAGCGUAAUCGGCUUGCCUACAUAGAUCGUCAAAAGCAAGUCGAGCAUGAAUUGGUUGACCAAAUCAAAUCUUACUUGAAGGUUGUAGAAGAACCCACAAUCGAGGUUGAAGAAGAAAAAGAGGCACCUCUACCUGAGCUAACAGAUGCUAUGAAUGCGGAAAUUAACAAAGCAUUAGCAGCUCCUCCAGAUGCUGUGCUUGUAAGUGCUUUCAAUCUUACAAUCAAGGGGAGAGAUAUGCGGACCCUCAAGGAUUUGGCAUGGUUGAAUGACGAAAUUAUCAACUUUUACAUGAAUAUGAUCAUUGAAAGAGGCAAAGCAGAUAAUUACCCAUCGGUCCAUGCCUUCAACACAUUUUUCUUCCCCAAACUCAUUAGUACAGGAUAUGACUCUUUAAAACGUUGGACCAAAAAAGUUGACAUUUUUGCCCAUGAUUAUCUGCUAGUACCAGUACAUCGGGGAAUGCAUUGGUGCAUGGCAAUCAUAGAUAUGAAAGAAAAAGUUAUCCGUUAUUAUGACAGUAUGGAUGGUCGAUUCCCACAGUGCAUGGAUGCACUAAUGAACUAUUUGCACAAGGAAAGUUUGGAUAAAAAGAAGCAACCGUUCGACUCUACUGGCUGGGCCAAAGAACAUGCAGAGGGUAUUCCUCAACAGAAUAAUGGAAGUGACUGUGGCAUGUUUGCCUGCAUGUAUGCAGAAUACAUCAGCAGAGGAGCUGAAAUCACUUUCACCCAAGAAAACAUGCCUUACUUCAGGCGGAAAGCAGUUUAUGAGAUUUUAAAGGCUAAACUUCUAUGUUGAAGCACCUUUGUUUUGUUUUUUGCCUCAUUUUAAAGUUUUAUAUGAAGUAGCCUUUACACCUCUUCAUCUAACCGAGUUUUCUUGUCUUGGAAACCGUUUGCUAGUCAAGCUGAGAAGAGGUGCCUGAGUCUCAGGUUUUACCAGAUUUCCGCAUUUUGCAGACUUUCCAGUGAUUUAGUUCGCAUGUGUCGUGUGAGACUCAAGUCUUUUGCAUUGGACGCCUAUAGCGAGCAGAAGUUUGAGUGUGUGCUGAGUGUACAUUGACUUUUGUGGUUCGCUUCAGUGAAUUCUACCAAGUCUUCAUCUUAACUGCCCUCCCAAAUCAAGAGGGAAAGUGGCUUUGGCAAAGUGGAAGGAUAAGAUGAAAUCAGUGUGCACUUGGGUAACAAUUAUGUAUGACCAUUUAAUAUCUGUUUUCUCACCCAAAGUGUCUUUUACCGAAUGGUCCUCUAAAAUAACUCGUUUGUCUGUUGUUUCCAUUCAUCACCAGUAAUUUCAGUUCUGUAAUUGUUAUUGUUUCUUUAUUAGAGAAUAUCUGUUGUGGAGAAGCACCCUGUACUGUAAAUGUAUACAUUGAAGUCGAUUCUAAUUCUAUUAACUUAAUGCUUUUUAGUGAAAGGAAAACAGAUAUAUGUAUAUGAAUAUGGGUUUGCCGAUAGCAAUGCAAGCAAUUUGAAAGUACAAAAGAUAUUUAAUCCUAUAGAUCAUCAUGUGGCAUUGCCUUGACACAAGAUAUGUACAUAGUUAGUUUCAAGUUUUAAGGAAGCAAUUCACAGUAACUAGAUUGCAAGUAAAUUUAUACUGCUACUGAAACAAAUAUUUUUCUUAACAUUAUUUUGUAUAAGUGUAUCUAUUUAUGUAACUAAUGUACAUUUGUUCUAAUGCUAUUUUUGUAUUUUUUAGUUUGUGCCUAAAUUCCAUCUGUUUGAAGGUUAUUUUUUACUCUUUCUUAUCAAAACCACCUGUGGGAUUAAGAUUUUCCACUAUAUCUAUCCGAACUACUCAUAGAUCUGAUUAUAACUUUCCUGGUUUCACCAAAUUUCGUCUUAAAAAUUAGAUUAAAAAAUGCUUUUAAAAGACUCCAAAACAUUUUUUCAACAAAGGUUAUUUUUGUGUUUUACAAAUAAAAGGGGUGAAUAAAAUCAAGUCUCAGAAUUAUAGGGUAAACAAAAGCAGCCGUACCCCCUUUUAUUUAGACUUAACAUUUUCACCCACUUUACCAUUUCUGCAACACAGAGAUCUGUUAAAUGUAUAAGAAAGGACUAAGGUUGUAGACGUAUGAUUUUUUUUUUUUGUAGUUUAACAUCAAGUACUCUUGCUGUGAUUUAGGCCUUUUGUCUACUACAAACCAUGUUUCAUUGUCACAAUUGUCAAGAUUUUCUUUUAACUAUGACUUCCAUUUCUCAGAUUACUCUGAGUCCUCCUCUUUCAGUAAUCGGUGUUCUUUUCUAAAAACAUUUAUCUGAAACUCAGAGCCAAGGUGUAAGAUAUGUAAAAUUUCUAUUUAUGUGAUGUUCAUGUUUA